AGAGAGAGAGAGAUCAUCAAGACAGACAGAGAUAGAAAUCAUCAAGACAGACACAGAGAUCAUCAAGACAGAGAGAGAGUUCAUCAUUACAGAGAGAGAUCAUAAAGACAGAGAGAGAGAGAGAGAGAGAGAGAGAGAUCAUCAAAACAGAGAGGGAGAUUUUCAAGACAGAGAGAUCAUCAAGACAGAGAGAAAGAGAGAGAUUAUCAAUACAGACAGGGGGAUCUUCAAGACAGAGAUAAAGCUCUUCAAGACAGAGAGGGAGAACUUCAAGCCAGAGAGGGAGAACUUCAAGACAGAGAGGGAGAUCUUCAAGACAGAGAUAAAGCUCUUCAAGACAGAGAUCAUCAAGACAGAGAGGGAGAAGGGAUUAUAUUUUCAUAGCUUUUACUCAGAGUGCUGGCCAGGGCUUGCACAUAGAGAGGAGAGAGUGACACAGACGGAGAUAGAGAGUGGAGUGAAGAUUUUAAUCCUCUUGGCAUGCGAGUGUGUCCCUGGCUGCUUGGAAUGUGUUGCAGCUAACCCGGGGGCCAGGACGGAAGGAACAACUCUCACCAUGCUGGGGAAGGAUUACAUGCUCGCCAUCAUCAUAGUCAAUUAUGACGACAAUAUUUGGAAUGACCCAAGCCUUGAUUUGGAUUCUGACCUACCGUCAGGGUGGCGCACCAUCCGGGACAGCACUGGCACCUAUUACUGGCACGUGGCCACUGGCGCCACCCAAUGGCAGCACCCGUCCUACAGCACUGAGGAGGACCCGAACUCCAUCAAUGGCAUCACUGCCGCGGACAUCAAGAGCCUGGAGGCUGGGGGCAGACGUGAAUCAAGGGCAAGGCUGACACAGAGCCCAUUGGCCUCCAUAAAUGACAGGGUCUCCUGGCAGGACGAUUAUUUCUGCACCAACAUUGAUCCUGACUCCAAGUGUUUUGCAGUGCGCUCCCUGGGCUGGGUGGAGAUUCCAGAGGAGGAGCUGAUCCCGGGGAAGAGCAGUUUGGCUGUCAAUAACUGCAUCCAGCAGCUGUCCAGCAGCAAGGCAGAGGGCCGCGAUGACACACUGGGCGCCUGGGGAGAGGGCCAGGACAUGAUGAUGGUUCUGAAGAAGGAUACCCUCAGCCUGAUGGACCCAGUGGACCGCAGCCUUCUCCACUGCCAGCCUAUCACUGACAUCCGCGUGUGGGGCGUGGGCUGCAACAAUGGCAGAGACAGAGACUUUGCCUUCGUGGCCAGUGACAAAGACACCUGUAUGCUGAAGUGCCACGUGUUUCGCUGUAAAGCCCCAGCAAAAACCAUUGCCACGGCUUUGCACAAAAUGUGCUCAAAGAUCAUGGCAGAGAAGACCACAAGAAGCCCAUCUAUGGCCCGCUCCCUCACCAUGGCGACCAUCUCCCCUGAGGACCUGCCGCGCCAAGUGGACUUCGUGGAUGCAAUGAGGCAGAGGGUGCAGAAGUUUGAGGUGCAGUACAUCGGAAACCUGCCCGUCUCCAGGGCGAUGGGUAUGGAGGUGCUGAACCGGGCCAUAGAGAGCAUCAUGAACACCUCAGACAGUAACGAUUGGGAGCCCAUCGUCAUCCACAUCUCUGACAGUGUCCUGUCACUCUGGAAAGGAGAGGAUGGAGAUGAUCCAUUUUGGGAAUGUCAAGUGCGUUUGCUGACUUUUCUGGGUGUGGGGCAUGAUACACACACCUUUGCAGUGAUAGUGGACGGCGGGACACAGCGGUUUGAGUGUCAUGUUUUCUGGUGUGAGCCAGACGCAGGGAUCAUCUCUGAGGCUGUGCAGGCUGCGUGCAUGGUCCAGUACCAGAAGUGCUUGGUAGCCCAGACUCCACCACCCAGGUCCAAAAUGUGGCGGGCGGGUUCCAAGGUGAAGCGGGCCAACUCCAUGGACGGCUUCAGUUUUCCAGCUCCCCGUCACCAAGGACUGUCCCCGCCCAAGGCUGGCUCCUCCACCACCAAAAAGGGCAUGCUGGCGUUUUUUGAGACUUUCAGAAAUAAACAGUCAGCCGUUUCCACACCAUAGCAACCAGAGAGGGUGGGAGGGGAUGGAUGGAGGG